UAUAUAUAUAUAUAUACGUCAUUUUAUUUUUAAAGUAUUGAUUUUUUAUCAACUCUUUAUAAAGACGAUUUAAGUCCAUCUAAAUAUUCAUAGAUCAACUUCAGAUCAUAAAGUUGUUAUAUUUUUCAAUGUUUUAUGCCAUUUUUUGAAAUGAAAACCCUGUUGUUUUUUUAGGGGGGGAAAACAAAAUCCUGCAUAAUUAAGUAGUAAUCGGAGACUUAAAUAAGUUAAAAUAGUUAUAACAUUUUUUUUUUAACAAUGACAGUUUGAUCUAAAAGGAACCCACUCACAGGUGUUAACAAUAGGUCAUAGAAAUGUAUUAUUAUUUUUACUUUCAUCGCCUGAGUAUCAACUUCAGUCCAAUCUGAAGUUUUAUUAAUUUUUGAGCGAUAGUAAUUUUAAAGUAAAAAAAAAAUACAAAUAAAUAACAGCUUGAAUGGCAGUUUAGUAUUACACUGAACAGUGCAACAUUUUCUUGUUACAUUUCACCUUGUUUGCUCUUUUAUUCCACUUUUUAUGUAAGACUAUUUCUAAAAUGUGCAAUAGUUGAAAUACUAAAUUUAGAUAACAAAUAUGACAGAUGUCAUUGAAUAAUUAUGUUGCGUUUCCUGGCCACAAUAAAUACUCCAUCGAGGAAAUAAAUCAGGCUUUAAAACGUUUAGAAAUGCUAUGAAUAAGACGAUAAUAUAUCGUGCCGAAUAAACAGUAAAUAAAUAAAGAUACCCAAAUAGACUGGAUGCAUUAGUAGAGUAAAGUAGUAUGGAGCAAUGCCUCAAAGACGACAUGACGCUAAAUACUUCUUUUACAUGUACUUCCGGGUUCGCUCAUCUAUCCAUCCAUCACAUUUUUUACGGCUUGUCCCUUUCAGGAUCUCGUUUUUUUAUAUAAUGCCGAAUUAACAGUAAAUAAAUAAAAAUAUCCUAAGAGAUUGGACGCAUUCGUAGAGCACGGUAGUAAGGAGCAAUGCUUCAAAGACGAAAUGACGCUAAAAUGCUUGUCUUACAAGUACUUCCGGUUUCGCUCUCCUAGUGUUUUUUCCUACUUCCAGCUUGAAAUCCCGCCGAAUUUUCUUAAAAAUAUGGAAGUUUUGUCGUCUGACGAAUAAUCAGCACAAACGUGUCGGUGCAAUAAUUAUAUUAUAAUCAAAUUAUAUAAGGGUCGUAUAUAAUAGGUUGUUUACUUCCGGGGGGCGUGUCGACCCCGUCCCACCCGGCGUGUGCAAAAGUAAACAGAAGCAUUGAGCCGAGAUGGCGCCGCCGGUCGCGCCGCUGACUUUGUCCGUCUCCCUCACCGCCCUGCUGGGCUUCGGACUGCCGGCGCUGCUGGGCGCCGCCACGACGCUGCUGGGGCUGCCGGAGACCAGCGUGACGGAGUGCAUCGUGGCCCUCUAUUUGCUGCUGCUGCUCUGCGUGGCGACGCCGAGACUCCCCAGAGGAGUGCUGGAGGUAACGGGCAGAGGUGUGUUGGUCACGGGCUGUGACAGCGGCUUUGGCCACGCGUUGGCGUUACACCUGCACCAUCUUGGCUUCACCGUCUUUGCAGGAUGCCUACUUAAGGACCAAGGCGGGGCGGGAGCAAAGAAACUGGAGGACUGUCGCUCGUCCCGCAUGAAGGUGCUCCAGCUGGACGUCCGCAGCGAUCAGCAGGUGGUCCACGCCGUGGACUUCAUCCGAGAUCACCUGGGCGAGGCGCAGAGAGGUCUGUGGGCGCUGGUCAACAACGCGGGCGUGUCCGCCUCGGGGGAGGUGGAGUUCACGUCCUUGGAAACCUACAAGCGCGUGUCAGAGGUCAACCUGUGGGGCAGUCGGGUCACCAAAGCGGCGCUGCCGCUAAUUCGUCGGGCUAAAGGCCGCGUGGUGAACAUGUCCAGCUCCGACGCCCGCAUGGGGGACGUCAUGCGCUCGCCCGACUGCGUGUCCAAAUACGGCGUGGAGGCCUUCUCCGACUGCCUGCGCCACGAGAUGAAGCCCUGGGGGGUCAAAGUGUCGCUGGUGGAGCCGGGGAACUUCACCGCCGCCGCGGGACUUCUCACCCGCCACGCCGCGCCCGACAAGCUGUGGGCCGAGGCGCCGGCGGGCGUGCGGGAAGACUACGGCAGAGUCCACUUCCAGCGGCGGGCGGCGCCGGUGCGCUCUUUCCGCGGCGGCGGGCGGACGGACGUGGGUCCUGUGGUGCAGGACGUUGUGGACGCCAUCAGGUCCAAGCGUCCUUACACCCGCUACAACCCCAUGGAGCCUCGCUGCUGGCUGCGCAUGCAGCUGAUGACACAUCUUCCUGCCGCCCUCUCAGACCUGCUCUACUUUUAAACCCUCUUUCACUUUCUAUCCUCACAUAUUUCACAUGAAUAAUCAUAAUAAUAAUAAUAAUAAUAAUAAUAAUGUAGAGCAUUCGUAUGCAUUCAAUGUUGACACUGCAGUGAUUUAACACUAAACACCACCAGAGGGCGCCAUUGGAUCAUGUUUGAUUUACUCUACUUGUACGUCGACAUUUUCAAAAAUAAAUCAAAAAAUGUUUGAAAAAAUAUGAUUACUGCAACCAAGGUGGUGAAUUGAUCCUUCGAUUAUUUUUCCAUCCAUACAAAUUUUAAAAAU